AUGCUUAUAAUAGUAUUAUGUGUUGACAUAAUAUUAGAAAAAAGGCUAUGAUAUUGGGUGUUUAAUAAUAGUUGGAAAGUAAUUAUGGAACACUCAAAUAUAAAUCCUUUGGAGGAAAUCAAGGUUGUUGAAUACAAAGAGGAAGAUCUAAUUGAUGAAACUGGAAAUCAGCCAAAUUAUCCUUCAAUGGAAAAAGUUGAUGUUAAAUAUCCAAUAGUACCAAAUGUGCCAAGUCUCCCUGAUGAAGAUGAAGAAGAGGAACAAAAGUCAGAUUUAAGUAUAAAAAUAGCAAUUAAUGAGCAUACUCUCAGAUCUGAGCUUCUGAAAAAGCAUGUUUAUUAUAAUAUCCAAGGCCAAGACAAGUCAGGGACUUUUGAGAAUUAUAGGAGAUUUAAAGAUUUUAGAACUCUUAGGGAGCAUUUAUCUAACUCAUGGCCAGGCUGCUAUAUACCCCCAGUUCCUCGCAAGCAGCACUUACUCAUUUUAAGUAGAUCUCCUAAUUUUUUUCAAAUUAAAUUAUUUUUUUUAUAAUUUUAAUUAGUUUUUAUUUUCAAUUAAUUCAGGAAGCUAGUAUUUUAUAUUUAGGGAACUACCCAGCCACAAUUUAUAGAGCAGAGAAAAAAAUUACUUAACUUAUUUUUAAGCAAAAUUUCAUCAAUGAGUUUUCUUUAUGAAUCCGACGAGUUUCAGCUCUUUAUAAGAGGCCCUUCAGAAUUCAAUAAAAAAGUUAAUGAGCUGAAAAAGCCUACUUACGACGAAAUUUCCAGAAAUUACCAAAGAAUUUUUAAGAAUUUUUCCUCAUGUGAUUAUAAUGAAAAUUAUGAAAGAAUCAUAGACGAAGCCAACGAAUAUUUCAAAGCUGGAAAAUGUGUAUUAGAUAAAUUUGAACAAAUUUGCAAAGUAAACACUGAUUAUUUCCAUUCUUUUGAAGCCUCACACGCACAGCUGUUUAAUGGAAUCAAUGAAGUCAACACAUUUUAUUCACAAACUUAUGGAAACCCUGAUUUGCAGGUUAACCCAAGAGAAAAAUUCAAAAAUCCUUUUAUUGUUCUGCUUGACUGGGCGAGAUGGGAAAUAAUUGAUAUUGAAGCUAUGAUAGAAGCAGUCGGGUGGAAAAAAGAGCUCGAAAAAAUCAAAGCAAAGACUGAAGCAAAACUUGAAAGUGACAGAAUUCAGUACCAAAAAUUGCAGUUAGGCAAAAAAUCAUUAUCACAAAUCCUUUCAACAAAAUCAAAAGAAAAAAACAUGAAAAUUCUUCAGGAUAAUACCAUAAAUUUAGAAGCAGAAAUUGAAGCUUUGGUAAUCAUUAUUAAAAUCGUCACGGCAAGGUUAGCAUCGUUAGAGAUUCCUACGUUUAAGCAGAGUAAAUCAAAGAAAUAUGAGCUUAUAUUGAGAUCAUUUGCAAAUACUUCGAUUGCUGAGUUUGAGCAGAUUAUAAUGAACACUAAAGAAAUUGAAGACAAGCUUAAUGAGAAAUAUAAUUAA